AUGAAUGAAGUAUUCUGUACCGCUGAGGACAUGGGACUUCAAAUAUUUUACCAGGACUGUGAUAGCAUGCAUAUUUUCAAUGAAGACAUCCCGCGUUUAGCUCAGGAAUUUCAGAAGAGAUAUGGUCGCGAACUUAUAGGAAAGAACCUUGGUCAAUUUCAUAGCGACUUUGCAGAAAUCACAAAAGAUAAACAAAGUUUAGCUUAUAAAAGUAUUUUCUGUGGAAAGAAGACCUACAUAGACUUACUCACUAACGAUUUAAAUGAAGUUGCAUUUCACUGCAGAAUGAAAGGUGUGAAGCAAGAUGUUAUUGCUUUAACCGCUAAUGAAAUGUUUCCUGACUCUGUUCAGUGUUUCUAUGAUGAAGAUAAAGGUUUAAUGGUUCCGCAAGGAAAAUUUGACAUAGACUCUGAGUUCAGUGUUAUGCAGUUAUAUAAAGCACUUUAUGACGGUCAAGAGAUUGCAUUCGACUUAUGUAAGUCAUGUCAACCUUGCUUUGAAGAGAAGUUUAACUUCUCAAUAACGACUAAAACAAGCUUUAUUCGUAAGUUGAAGUUCUGA